AUGGAGGCCACUCAGUCAGGUAGCCUUAUACUCGACUUUUGCUUGUUGUUGGGUAACCAGGUGUUAGUGUUGUUUGAUUCAGGAGCUUCGCACUCUUUCAUAUCUCACGACUGCGUGAAGAAGCUGGGAUUGUCGACUUAUGAUCUGGGAUGCGAAUUAAUAGUAUCAAAACCAGCAUCUGGACAAGUUUCAACUAAUUCUACCUGUGUUGGAUGCUCGAUGGAGGUAGAGGGCAGAGUGGUGGUCCCAGAAUCGGAAGGGAUUAAGUUGAUCUCAACUCAUAGAGCCUUAAAGGAGAUCGAAGAAGGAGCUACUUGCUUCAUGAUAGUGGCUCAUGGAGAAAAGAAAAACUUAGAAGAAUAUAUUAGAAGUAUACCGGUAGUCGACGACUAUGCCGACGUUUUUCCCGAUGAAAUACCUGAAUUGCCACCUAGCAGGGACAUAGAUUUCUCUAUUGAUCUAAUCCCUAGAGCGGGUCCAGUGUCGGCGGCUCCUUAUAGAAUGUGA